GAAAUAACUGUAUCGUGUGUAGACCUAUAUUCUUGUUUCGUUGCUGGCGGCGAUUGGAUCAAUUUCGGAGCAGCUUCAAAGCGCGCGAAUGGUGUACAAUAAAAAAUGUGCCUCUGCUAUCGUCGUGAUAUUAAAAUUUUGUCAAUCGUUCCCGUGGGAAAGUUUAUUUAGAUAAAAUUUUUGCGGCUGAAAAGUAUUGAUUGUGCUGCCUGUGUGUGUAUGUUUGCGGUUACGGUGGUGGUAGCUGCACAUAUUUUAGGAUUUACUGCCUGCUUUAGCAUGCGUGUGCAUAAUCCUAAUGCCAGCUGUGAAUAGUGUACGUGAAAGAAAGAGAGUAAUUACUACAGUAUUUUCGUAGCAGUUCAGUAUAGUAGAAUAGUAGAAAGGAACGGAGUGCAGGCAGUUAUUCGGUCCACGAAAUUCCUUGUGUGUAGAUUCUCUCGAGUGCAACGGUCGCCGGGAGAUAACAACGGGUGAGAAAGAACGUACGAACGUUCGAACGCAUCCGAAUCGAAGUGCUUCUCGCUAAUUUAAUUUGCCGUCAAAAUACACGUACCUAGUCGGAUCGGACGACGACAACAUGAACUCCAAGCCGCCUUCCGCCGCAAAUGGGGUCGCUGCCGGGCAGCCUUUCAUCCCCUACAACAUCGAUUGGAUUUUCCCGCAGCUGCAAAAACCCUCCCGCCUGUGGCGGAUUGCCAGCACCGGGGUUAUCGGGCUGGUUGGAUUCUUUUCCAAAAUUGUGAUUGUAUGGCUGAACAAAACCCGGGUUCACAACAUCCAGGUGUUGGAAAAUGCGCUGGAAUCGCGCGCACACGGCGUCCCGCUGCUGACGGUGUCCAACCAUCACUCGUGCUUCGACGAUCCCGGGAUGUGGGGACUACUAAAGCUUCGUCUGCUAAAGCUACGGAAUGUGUGCAACAAAAACGUAAUCCGGUGGUCGAUGGCAGCUCAUGACAUUUGUUUUACCAACAAAUAUCAUUCGCUCUUCUUCAUGUACGGCAAGUGCAUUCCGGUUGUGCGAGGCGCCGGAGUGUACCAGCCUGCCAUUGAUCUGUGCAUAGAGAAGCUGAAACUGGGCCACUGGGUGCACGUUUUCCCGGAGGGUAAAGUGAACAUGACCAAAGAAGAUCUCAGGUUCAAAUGGGGUGUAGGCCGAAUUAUCUACGAGACGCCCGUGCUGCCGAUAAUAAUUCCCAUUUGGCACAUGGGAAUGGACACAGUGCUUCCCAACGAACCGCCGUACUAUCUGCGGCUGGGCAAGAAACUGACCUACAACUUUGGCAAACCGAUCGAUCUUAAUCAGCUGUUGAACAAGCUGCGGGCGUCACCCGUCAGCGAAGAGGAAGCCAGAAAAAUGAUCACCGACAAAAUUCAGGAGGAAAUGAUGGUGCUAAAGGCGGAGACGGAACGGUUACAUCUGGAUCACCUGAAAAGCUGAGCCAUAGCGAAAAGGCGUUCGUGGUGGUCCGCUAGCAAUAAGAGCAAACAGUAGCAAAAUGUUACCUUAUUAAAUUCCAUUUGCCUCGCCUCGACGGUAGGUAGGGGGUAAAUGAUUAGUCCAGUUUUUUUCUUUUAGGUAGUUCUACUAAUUUUGACCAUUUUAACUAAACUUACUUUGGCCGGCAAAUUAAGCUAAUUAAUUAAAGAUAAUCGCCAGCUAGUUCUCGUUCGUUCGUUUGUUCCCGUUAAUACUCUGACAUUUACGAUUCAUCAUCAUCUUUGACUGAGUGGCGAACAAGGUCAACGAUUAUUGCUGCAUUUGCCAUCCCAAUCACAACCUUACCAUUACCAGAACUGACGCUGAACAUAAAUGUGUAAACUAAAUAAAUCGAUCGCUUCUAGUCAGUGUAGGAACCGAACGAUAUUUACUAAAAGACAUACAUUAUCGGGGGCGUCGGUAUGUAGAAUAGAUUGUGCGGCGGAAACAUAUAGAUAAAUGCUAGGAGAAAAGAGGCUUUAAAUAAUAAUUUAGCUGUUAGUACCUACCAUAAUUUGAAUUUUAGAUCUUCCUAUAGACUGUACAGCUAUCGUUGAAUAUCUGUAAAUAACAAAUAUUACAUUAAUAUUGAA